GGGUAAUACAUCUCCUUUCCCUUCUCGCCAUGCGGGAGGAGCGACGAUCGUGCUUCAGCAAAUCUUCCUGAAUUUGGACCGAAUGUUGCGAAUCGUCGACGCUUGACGCCCCUGAUCGCGACUUUAGUGGACUAAAACAUCAUUCGUGCCAUCUUCGUGUCCGGUUGGAGUCGCCUCGUGCACGUCGAAGCUUCUCGGCCUAGCUUAGCUUAGCUUAGCUUAGCUUAGCUUGCUAGCAAAGAGACGCGUUUGGGAUCAACACUUCGCUCAGCAGAGAUCAAGCGGGAGGUUAGUCAAGUCGGCGCAGCCGAGGCGUCUGGGGGGUCCGGUUUGGUGGCCUCAGUAUUGCAUCUCUGCUUUUUGCGGAUGAUGUGGUUCCGUUGGCUUCAUCAAGCCGUGACCUCCAACUCUCACCGGAGCAGUUCGCAGCCGAGUGUGAAGCGGCUGGGAUGAGAAUCAGCACCUCCAAAUCUGAGACCGUGGUCUUCAGUCGGAAAAGGGUGGCGUGCCCUCUCCAGUGUUGCGAUCGUCGUGUGAAAAUGUGUGCAAGGACAGCAGAGUACGAGGAGGAACUUUGGGGCCCAAAAGAGGAGAAGGAGCCACAACGUCAACUGCUGGACGCUGCGUUCAAUCUGCAGCCUCGAAUUGUGCUACACAGAGCAGACGUCAGUGAAAAUCUUCAUCCUGAGCGGCAGGAGUCAGUGUCCCCUCACAUGAAAGAGGAAGAGGAGGAGGAAGAGGUUCAACACAUCAAAGAGGAGGAGGAAGAGUUCCUUCACAUUAAAGAGGAAGAGCAGGAGGACAUCAUCAAGGUUCCAUCGACUGGUGUCCCUUUGAAGAGUGAAGAUGAAGGUCGAAGUGAGGAGAGACGAGGGGCGGAGCCACCAAACGGCAACAGCUCAAGAGAUGGAGACCACUGUGGAGGAUCACAAACAGACGGUGAUGAUGAUGAUGAUGAUGAUGAUGAUGAUGAUGUUGAUGAACAGUUGGAAGGUGAUAUGACAUGUCACACUACCAGCAAAUGCUGGAAAUGUUCUAAAUGUAGGAAAACCUUUGCUUCUAAGAGCAAUUUCAAACAACACGUGAAAAUACACACUGGAGAGAAGACUUUUGCAUGCUCAGCUUGUGGGAAAAGAUUCACUCGGAAGGGGCACUUAAAAAUACACACAAGAACACACACUGGUGAGAAACCUUUUGCAUGCUCAGUUUGCGGUCAAAGAUUCAAUGAAAAGGGAACUUUAAUUAUACACACAAGAACACACACUGGUGAGAAACCUUUUGGAUGCUCAGUUUGUGGUCACAGAUUCACACAGAAGGGAUACUUAAAAAUGCACACAAGAACACACACUGGUGAGAAACAUUUUGCAUGCUCAGUUUGUGGUCAAAGAUUCUCUCAAAGGGGACAUUUGACAAGUCACACAAGAACACACACUGGUGAGAAGCCUUUUGCCUGCUCAGUUUGUGGUCAAAGAUUCUCCCAAAAGGAAAGCUUAAACAGACACACAAGAACACACACUGGUGAGAAGCCUUUUGUCUGCUCAGUUUGUGGUCAAAGAUUCUCCCUAAAGGAAAACUUAAAUAGACACACAAGAACCCACACUGGUGAGAAACCUUUUGCAUGCUCAGUUUGUGGUAAACGAUUCUCUGAAAAGGGACAUUUGACAAGUCACACAAGAACACACACUGGUGAGAAACCUUUUGCCUGCUCAGUUUGUGGUCAAAGAUUCUCUCAAAAGAAAUAUUUGACAAGUCACACAAGAACCCACACUGGAGAAAAACCUUUUUCCUGCUCAGGUUGUGGUCAAAGAUUCUCUCGUCAGGCUCGGGUUAAGACACACAAGUGUCCUGGUGAGAAAAGCAGUGAUCAAGAAGCUUUUAAUGCAAAUGUAAAUGUUUAAUAUAAAAGUAAUGACUAUGUGACUGACAGAAAUCUACAUGCUUGUAUUCUGUGUACCAGCUUUUAUUGCAUGUAUCUUCUUCUUGUCCAUAUAGUUUCUCAAAGCCCCGUGAGUGUUGAGAAUGAACACUGUUGCCAAAAUACUUAAAAGGGACUCGUUAAAGGUGGUGGGAAAGAGGGCGGGUGUGGAUCAGUAGAGCGGGUCGUCCAGUGACCGAAGGGUCGCCGGUUCGAACCCCGGCUCCGACUGUCCGUAUGUGGAAGUGUCCUUGGGCAAGACACCGAACCCUAAUUCGCUCCCAGUGAGCCUGGCAGCGCCUUGCACGGCAGCAGCCGCCCAGUGGUCAUCGGUGGAAUCAUUUACUGAUAAAAUAUUAGAUUUUCAAUCGCGUUGGAAAUCUCUGGCACGAGGCCGAUUCAAUACGUAACGAAGGUCUCCUGUCCCGAAACUGCGGCUGAUCUGAUUUGAUAUUAUCUGAUCCAUAAAAGCCCAAAUAUUGGGCUGAUCAUUAUAAUAUUAUUAUUUAUGAUAGUUUGAAGCUGUCAUGAGUAGAAAUGUCUGCAUAUAUUUUGGCGAUGAUUGUUGACAGUUGUGGGACAUGAAGCCACGUUUCUUGGGUUCAUGCAUGAGGCUUGCAAGGAUGUGGUGCUCGCCCGGCGUGUUUGCGUCAUUUUAAUGAUGGCGUCCUCAUCCAUCCCAAUCCAUGUUUGCGUUUUUUCUUUUUUUUCUUUUUGAAGCAUUCCACCUGACAGCUGCGAUAUACAAAUAUGACCAAUGACUGCCACUUCAUAGUAUGGUACAUUCCUUUUCCCACACCAGCGAUGCCAGUGCUUUUCAAUUUUCAAUUUUGUUGAUGAAAAAGGGGCGUUCGAAAGGGAAUUAGUUAUUUACCAAAUGCUCCAAAAUGUAUUGAUAUUCUUGGAAAUGAGUGCCAGUUUCAUUUUCUUGAGCAUGCAUGCAUUUUGUCCAAUGUUUUAGUGAUGUCAAUAUCAAAUAAAUGAAUGAUUGAUUGAAAUAGACUGGAAAGAAAAAACUGACUUUUGGUGCGAAACUGUAACGUGU